GAUUCACGGCUGGGCCAGUGGAAGACGCAGCUGUUACAGCCCCCGCGACCAAGCCCUGUCAUGGCGGCGUCCAGUGCUCAAGCCGGCUCGAGGGAACGGGAUGCUUGGGUUUUUAUCUGCGCGACAAGCCGGUUUGGACGACCCUCUUCACCUCCGGCGAGCGGAGUCCACACGGAGGGUUUUGGGACUGGAGUUAAACAAAGACAGAGAUGUUGAAAGAGUCCAUGGCAGUGGAGUUAACACCCUUGACAUUGAACCUGUUGAAGGGAGAUAUAUGUUAUCAGGUGGUUCAGAUGGUGUGAUUGUACUUUAUGACCUUCAAAACUCCAGCAGACAACCUUAUUACACAUGUAAAGCAGUAUGUUCCAUUGGCAGGAGCCAUCCUGAUGUUCACAAAUACAGUGUGGAGACUGUGCAGUGGUAUCCUCAUGACACUGGAAUGUUCACAUCAAGCUCCUUUGAUAAAACUCUGAAAAUAUGGGAUACAAAUACAUUACAAGCUGCUGAUGUAUUUAAUUUUGAGGAAACAGUUUAUAGUCAUCAUAUGUCUCCAGUUGCCACCAAGCACUGUUUGGUAGCAGGUUUGUUUGGUACCAGAGGGCCCAAAGUACAACUUUGUGACUUGAAGUCUGGAUCCUGUUCCCACAUUCUACAGGGUCACAGACAAGAAAUACUGGCAGUUUCCUGGUCACCACGUUAUGAAUAUAUCUUAGCAACUGCAAGUGCUGACAGUAGAGUAAAAUUAUGGGACGUGAGGAGAGCAUCAGGCUGUUUGAUUACUCUUGAUCAACAUAAUGGGAAAAAGUCACAAGCUGUUGAAUCAGCAAACACUGCUCAUAAUGGGAAAGUUAAUGGCUUAUGUUUUACAAGUGAUGGGCUUCAUCUCCUCACUGUUGGUACAGAUAAUCGAAUGAGGCUCUGGAAUAGUUCCAAUGGAGAAAACACACUAGUGAACUAUGGGAAGGUUUACAAUGACAGUAGAAAAGGAUUGAAAUUCACUGUCUCCUGUGGCUGCAGUUCAGAAUUUGUUUUUGUACCAUAUGGUAGCACCAUUGCUGUUUAUACCGUUUACUCAGGAGAAAAGAUAACUAUGCUUAAGGGACAUUAUAAAAGUGUUGACUGCUGUGUAUUUCAGUCUAAUUUCCAGGAACUUUAUAGUGGGAGCAGAGACUGCAAUAUUCUUGCUUGGGUACCAGCCUUAUAUGAACCUGUUCCUGAUGAUGAUGAGACUACAACCAAAUCACAAUUAAACCCAGCAUUCGAAGAUGCCUGGAGCAGCAGUGAUGAAGAAGGAUAAACGUCAAUCCUCAGUACCUUGUAUCUCUAUGGGGGAAACUUUUCAAGGGGGACUGUUACUUAUUUUUAACUGUCCAGUCUAUUUCUAACAGCUAAAUUAGCCCUGAAUUUGAGUGAUUUAUUCUUGUGUUUUAAAGAGGUCAUAUUUGCAUGAAAUCCUAAAACAGACUUUUGUAUAGGUUUUUAAUCCAGGGUUUUGAACUGGUUCCAAUGCCUGCUGAAAAUUUGCAUUUCCCCUCCCAGAUAUACCGAAUCAAUCUACAUUUUAACAAGAUCCCCAGGUGAUUCUUACGUAUAAUAAAUUUUGGUUCAUUCUGAACUGCCCAGCAUUGGGCCCUAACCGCAGUAUUAGCAUUGCCUAGGAGGAGCUUGUUAGAAAUGCAUAUUCUCAGCUAGUUCAAACUGGAAUAAACUGUUUCGAAGCCUUGGUUUAAUCAAAACUUGUCUCCUUCAUCUCAUUUGCUGUGGCCUGGGGCAGCCCCUGUUGCUACAGUACAAGGAGACAAGUCAUUGUACCCAUGCAGGACCUCGAGCAGAUUGUGUGAACCAUAAGAUGUACUCUCGGGAUAGCAAGUGGAGGUUAUUAACAUGGACUGGAGUCUUUUAACUUGGGAAAAAUCUCACAUUUACUUUAUUAUAAUGUGUCAGAGGGUAGCUUGUACUUACGCUUGAACUCUUCCCUUUCUAUGAAAUUAUGAAGAUAUGACCAAAUCCUAAUUCAUCCAAACAUAAGAUGUCCUGGCAUGGGAUCAGGACAUGUGAUAAAAUCUAUAUUUUAUUGUCUUUUCUUCUUGUAUCGUAACUCACAAGGGAGAGUAUCAUGAAGCUAAUCUUAUAUUCCCUUCUUCAUUCUUACCAGGUGAGAACUAGUGAAAAAGGGUUUUGUGAAGUUAAACUCUAAAUAUACAGUUAAUUUUUUUAAUUUAUUUUAUUUUUGUCAUUGAGAAUAUACACAGCAGAACCAAUUCAGCAAUUUCUACAUGUAUAAUAGUGACACUGAUUACAUUCUUCAAGUUGUACAGCCAUUCUCACCCUCCUUUUUUGAGUUGUUCCUCCCACAUUAACAUCAACUCAUUGCCCUCUAAGUUUCCUAUCUGAUCUUCUGAGUUGCUGUUAUCAAUUUGAUCCCAUAUAGUUAGACCUUAAAAGAGGACAGCGCUCAAGGUAGACAUUCUACUAAUUAAGCUAAGCUAUUCCUUGGUUUUUAGAAGACUUCAGAGAAUAUUUUUGGUUUAAGGUUUAAAGAUUAUCCUAAGGCAGUAGUUUCAGGGGUUCAUCCAGCCUCCAUGGCUCCAGAAAUCAACUGGGAUGUUCUAUGAAACCAUGACCCCAAACCUCCAAACCAAGGAACCAAAUUCCCUGAAGUGUUUGGUUGUACGUAACCCACCUCAGCAGCUGCUCUUUUUUUUUUUUUUUUUUGUCAUUGUAAAUGUAUCGCACAACUUUUGCUAAUUCAACUUUUUACAGGUAUUCAACUUAUUGACAGCAGUUGCAUUAAUUGGCUGUGACAGUUAAGUUUUGAAGUGUAGAAACAGUAGUCCUCAUGUCAGAUCUUUCUGCCCAAUUGUUUUCCAUGCAUUUAUUUUUAUAGUUGAUUUCUUUAAGCCCAGGUCAUUCCAUUGUUAGUUGCCAUUAAGUUGAUUCCAACUCAUGGCGACCCCAUAUAUGCAAAGUAGAACUGCUCAAUAGGGUUUUUAAGGCUGCAGCCUUUCAGAAGCAGAUUGCCAGGCCUGUUUACCAAGGUGCCACUGGGUAGGUUCGAACCACAAACCUUUCAGCUAAUAGUCAAGUGCUUAACCGUUCUCACCAUCUAGGGACUCCAACAUUUAAAUUCAUGUUUGAUUAAAUAACUGGGUACGUUAGUCUGAGUUGACACAUAAACUAGCCAUCACACCUUCCCACCCUAAACCAUUGUUUUUCAAACACUUGCAUUAACUUAUCACAGAAAUACAGAGAUCUGUAGAAGCUUCCACUUUAGACUUUUUAUUGUCCCAGUCAGUUUAUACUUGUCCAGCCUUAUGCAGGUGUACAUGCAUGAACCUGUUACACCUGUAAAAAUGGUGUGGUGGGCGUGGCAUCUGACCUAAUUUCACAACAGGGAAGGAGAAUCAACACGAACAACCCAAGGCUGAGUCCUAUGAGGCAGAGGUCAGACAGACAUACUUCCUCCCUCCAAACUUUUUACCAAUUCUGACACUAACCAACCUUCCGCAGCACUCUAAUUCUCUGCUGGGUUCACUAAUUCUUUGCAAUGGCCACAUAGAACUCAGACCAUACUCACAGUUAUGGGGUUUAUUAGGGAAGUAAUUGGUUACAGUUCAGGUUCAGGAGUGUUAAGGAUAUGGUUCUUCAAUCAGGAUAGCCUUUUCUCAGCCAUGCCCAGAGGCAGGCCUGUCUCUGGCCCUCAGCCUCUCAGCCUGGCAUCUGCCCUUCUCCAGCAAGUGUUACAAAGCUCUUUGAGCUCUGUCGAUAAGUACCUAGAGGCACCCCACUCCACCAGUAAGCCUAAGCCCAAAGGCACUAAGUUCUAGCUCCGUGGGUCCACAAACCUAGCUCCACCAAGUGCCUGGAGGCACCCUACUCCACCAGGAAGCCUGCCUGAAGGCGCUCAGCGUUCUCGCUUCAUGGGCCAGGAAGCUCAAUGUGCUGUUGCCUGCCGGUCUCCUGCCUCUGCUGUCGCCGUUUCUCUGUUGCUGCUUCUCACCAUCUUCAGUGUUACAGCUCUCUCUCUCCGUCUCCUGGCUUCAGGAGCUUCUCAGUACAGGGUUCCCGAGUCCAAAGGACACACUCUACUUCUAGCUGUAAUUUCUUGGUGGUGGUGAGAGCCUCUCUUCUUGCCUCUGAAGGGGACGAAUCAUCUUAAGGCUAGCGGGUUGGCAAAACUGACCAGUCCCCUUGUUGGGGUUCCAUAUACCAUAUUUGCAUGGUCCCAUCCCAAAAUGGGUGCCAGGCACCUUAUUUAAUUUAUUAGCAAGCUAUCCAUUCCCCUUGGUGGGCCACAGUUACCUCAUCAGCAUAGUCCUCACUCAUUCUUUUGUUGGGAAUUACAAAAACUAUGGCUAGAAGGGCCAUAUUAAGUAAGUCAUUGCAUUCCAUCACCUAUAACUUCUCUCCAUUUCUUUUACAUUUUAUGUAUUUUCCUUUCAUAGUAUGUGUCUUUUAGUCAUGUAAGUUGCUGGUAUCCUGCUAUAUUUCAAACAAACAUUUAUGCCAGUAGUAUACCUUCACUUCAAUUUGAUCCCAGUUUUAAGUAAAAUUAUUUAUGGUACACCAGUAAAAUGACUAGUUUUAAAAAAGGCAUUUCCGUAAAUUAUAUAAUUUUUAUAGACAAAUGCAUUGAUAACUUUUUUAAUGUAAUUUUUUCAUAUUCCAAUACUAAUUAUCAAUCCUUCACUGAAAAACUCUUGAGCAGCAAUACUGUAGAAACUCAGAAUUGCUAUAACCAUGCAAGAAAUGGAACUGGCAAAAAUCCUGGCAUACUUGGGAUUUUGUCUUUCAGAAAGUAUACUAGGGAAGGAUGAUUACAGAAAGGAAAAUAUUCACUUUGUUUUAUAUUUUGAUGGAGAUUCUAGACAUCUGAAGCUAAAAUCUGGUUCUCAGGACAGAGUUGGUUCUUCUGUUUUAACUCUGGAAAACUAUUAAACUCAGUUGACAUAUUGAACAAAGUUCAAUCAUGGCUUUUCUUUGCAAAGAAUAUGUGAAACCCCGUGCCACCCAGAAUCACUGCACUAAACCUUCUUUGUGCCUGGAAUUUAUUACAAGCUUAUCUGUUAAUACAAGCUUAUCUAUCUUAUUAGCUAUGCCAGCAACAUUCUCAAAUACAGGUGGCUUAGUUCUUUUGCUGCCAUCUCGUUUCUUGGGUUUUUUUCUUUUUGUCCCCCCCCCCCUUUUUUAAUUGGACAAUAUGAGAAAUAUAGAAGAGUAAAAGGAAUAAUAAAACAAACACCUGUGUCGUGGCCUCUCUUGGUUCUCCAUGUGUAAGAAUCUGCAAAUGCCCUCUUGACUAACCACUCCUCUUUGGUCAUCACAAGGACACUGGUAAAACUUUCUUUUAAUGGGCUGAUGGAGCCCUGGUAGCUCAGUGGUUAAGAGCUCAGCUGCUAACCAAAAUGUCGGCAGUUUGAAUCCACAGCUGUUCCUUGGAAACCCUUAUGGGGCAGUUCUUCUCUCUCCUAUAGGGUGGCUAUGAGUUGGAAUCAGUGGUAACAGGUUUGGUUUUUUUGGUUUUAAUGGGCUGGUUCAGCUCUCCUAGUUUGUGCUUUCCCAAAGCUUGGAAAGAAAUGGGUAUUACAAUUAUAACCUAGUUAUUUUGUCACUAAAAACACAAGUAAGUUAAUGUUUAAGAUGGAGUUCCUCAAGCUCCUCAUUUUCUUAUACCUCGGAAAUCUGCUCUUGGUUAUUGCAUUGGGUAUGCAGAGUUUCUAGGCAGGUUGUCGCAGAUCUGGCUGGUGGCCUUGUUUCCUGGCAUUGGUGGUCAGCUUUUGAAGGUAACAGAUGAUUGGCUCAAGUGAUUCACACAAACCUUUUUUGUUCAUCUCUUGCUUCGCUUGCAAGGAUUAGAAGCAGCACUACAGGGUAGAGAGCCAUGUGGCUGUCAAGACCUUUGACAAACACCAGCUGGAAUAAGAGAGCCGCUGCUUCCCAGGUGGCUUAGUCUUUUUAACUCUCCAGCUUCUCUUUACCCUUUAUAAUGGCAUCAUCAACUGUUGUAUGAAUGUGUGUGUUUUCUAUAUAAAUAUACUGUUCACAGUUGUCCUAAAACAAGGAAAUGACAUUCCUAAUAAGAACUUAGAAUUGAAUAUAUCAACUGAUUUUAUUGUACUGUUCUAAUGUUUAUAUAUACGUAUAUUCAAAAAUUUGCCAUAGUUUCAGUAAGUACUGUGGAAAAUGCUAUUAAAAAUAAGUUCAUGAUAAUUACUGUGGACAUUAAAGAUUGGUAAGAUUAUUAAAAAAUAAUCACAAAGAAAGAGUACACUAGAAAUCAGAAUAUCUGAGUCUUAUAACUAAGUAGAUACACGAAUUUGAAUAAUUUUUUACCAUGUUUUUCUCAUUAUUUAAAAAAAAUGGAAGAAAGGAAUAAAAAACUGGAAUAGAAAGUUGUUAAAACUGUUCCUGCUGUAAAAUCAUGCAUUGUGAUAUUUAGAAAGCACUUUAAAUGAUAUUCCGUGUGAGAAAUGCAUUAAUAGAGGUUUAUAUUCAAAAUUAAUUGAAGUUCAUUGAAGCUAAGUGUGGAGUGCCUUUGUAAAACUUUAAAGAACUGUCUUAUACUGAAUGAACAUUCAAAUUCUAAUGGAAUGAACUUGCUAUUUUGCCUGAAUUAGAACUUUCAAAGUAUUUUGUUUUUUGAUAUUUUGAAUAAUAUAUUUUCAGUGAAAGUUUACACAGAAAAUAGGUUCCCAUUCAACAGUUUCUAUAUAAAUUGUUCAGUGACACUCGUUAUAUUCUUUAUAUUCUGUCAGCAUUCUCAUGAUUUCCAUUCUGGUUUUUUAUAAAGUUUCCAUACAAAUUAUUAUGGAACUACCAGUUAUUAAUUGUUUGAUUUAGCAAGUUACUUUACCUCCCUAAGCUAGUUUCAUGAUAUGUAGAAGGGGAAUAAAAUGCACCUUACAGAGUUGUAAGGAUAAUGAAAUAAAGUUCUAAAGUUCUGAUAUCUACAAAUUGCUAAGCUAAUGGGUCUCUUACUACUUAACAAUCUCAUUAUUAGGCUCUGGGUUCUUGUCAAAGUUCACUCAAAUUUUACUCCUUCAGGACAUGGUCUGCUUAUUUAAUCUUUCUCUCCCCUCUAGAUGUAUACUCCAUGAGUGCAGGAAUUUUGUCUAUUGUUUUAUUCCCAGCACCUAGAACUGUUGUUAUUUUUAGGUACCAUGGAGUCGGCUCCAGCUUGUAGUGAUCCCAUGCAUAACAGAACGAAACAUUGCCUGGUCCCGCACCAUCCUCAGUCAUUAUUAUGUUUGUGUACCUACAACACUGCUUAGCAAAAGGUAGAUGGAUGCUCAAAGAGAUAUUUAUUGAAUUAAUUAGUGAAGAACACCAUUACCAAGCACUUAACUGUGAAGCAACUCCUCUCACAAUUUACAAAUGGAAAGGUGCUUGAUUUGGUUAUUUUUUUACUUAACUAUGUAUGGAAUUGUUGAAUGUUAUUAGAUAUUAGUUGAUAGCCUGAGUAUUACAUUAAUUUUGUAGUCUUCUCACAAAAUGACGGAGGGUUCUUUUCUCAAGGUUACUGUUGACCUGUAUACCCAACAUAGAUCGUCCCUGAAUCUCUUUAGUCCCACACCACAUACAUUGUACAUUCAAUUCAAGUAAGAAAGCAUUGACAUGUCUUUUGUGGUUCGGUCCAUGCCAGCACAUCCAUCUCACUGUAUUAAUGACAUGUUCUCUUUUUUUUAACCAACUGAUUCCCACUGAAUUAUGAAAUAAACAUACAUCCUGUGGCUUGUGCAAACUGCCACCAUGAAUUUAAGUUUUGUACAACAAUGUUAUCACAGACUAGCCAGAGCACCUCCUACAGUCAUAGUCACCCUCUUCUCUCAACAUGCCAAAAUAAUUUCUUGAUAUGCUCAGCAUGGGCACAAUGUUAAAAAAUUAUUCAGAUACUUCAAAACUGUCAGAUAUAAAUGACUACAGUUAAUUAGGUGGUAUUUAUAUCUUUUAUAUUUGAACUGUCAUUGGCUGCCAAAAAAUAUAUAUAAAUUAUUUAACCUUUUCAUGCAAGUUUUUACUUUAAAUCCCUUUACCCUAGUUUCAACAUACUAAGCAAUAUUAAAACCAAACCCACUGCCAUCAAUGUGAUACCAACUCAUAACUACCCUAUAGGACAGAAUAGACUUGCUCCAUAGGGUUUCCAAGGCUGUAAAUCAUUAUGGAAGCAGGCUGCCACAUCUUCCUCCUGAAGAGCAGCUGGUAGAUUCAAACCACCGACCUUUGGGUUAGCAGCCGAGCACUUAACCACUACUGCACCCGGGCUGCUUCUGAGCAAUUGUAUACCUUGUUAAAUUUAUAUCUGCAAAUGUUAUUUUUUGUUCAGAACACAAUUUCUGCUGCAGUCAACAUUUUGCAAACCCAUCAUUGGUAAAAAAAAAAAAAAAAAAAUGUUUUCAUGCAAAGAAAAUUUUUUUCACUUAAUAUAGUUCACAGCAUUAUCACUUACUGUGUGUGCAUUUUUUUUUUUAAUCUGCUGAAAUUCUCUGCAGUUCAUUAAGUUUUUUAUUAAGGCUGUCAUUACAUGUCUUUGCUAUUCUGGUUAUAUUUCUUCUUAAGUCAUGUACAUUCAAUACAAUGUGCAGUAUUAGUCAUGUAGAAGUAGUCUCUACUUCCGCAAUGACAUAUGCUCUUCUACUUCUUUUGAAACACAUGGGUAUGUCAGCCUUUCCCAGGUUUUGGUGGGAGAAAAACACUAGUAUGUUGUGAUAACUGGCAACUCCUGUCAGCGUUUGGGAUGACAUGAGGUAGAGUUGAUAAACUGGAGAACCCCUGCCCAAUGGCAGCAGCUUUUAUGAAUUAGGAUUAGCUUUACCUGCAAACUCUAAAUAACAUAACUUAAACAAGAUAUAAAUGCAUUUCUUUCAAUAAAAGUCCAGUCCCGCAGUCCCGUGCAGGUAUGAUGGUUCCAAGUUCAUCAGCAGCCUAGGCUCUAUCUAGCUCAUUGCUCUUGCACCCUCUACAUCAGCUUCCCCUUUGUGAUACAAGAUGACUGCUCUAGCAAUGUCUGCAUUCCACCGAACAAGAAAAAGGAAGGCAAUGGCAUGCAAAAAGGAAGACAGUGCCAACAAAGGUUGGCAGUUUGGAAUCUGACUUGUGGCCAUAAGCGUAGGAGAAAAGCUAAGAGAAAGGCCAAGAUAAUAGGUCUUGACUCUGUUAAGCCACUGAACCAACAUCACACUAGGAACUCCUAGCUCUCUUCAUUUAAGCCUCCAGAGUCAGUUUUCUGUUACUUGCAGCAGAAUGCAUUCCUGACACAAGUUCCAAAUGCCAAUUGCAAAGUGAGGUAAACUUCACAACAGUGAAACAAAAUCUGGUGGUUAACUAAAAAUCUAAUAUAACAAGCCAGUAUUCCCUAAUACUAUAUUCAUACAGUGAACUUGAGUUCUCAUUUCAAGCUUUUAAAAUUGAUUACAAAUAAUUAUUACAUCUUUCAUCUUGAAAUUGUCUAAAUUCAAUUACCCAAUUAAAAAUGGAGGCAUACCUGUCAAAUUGUUUAAAUACUACUAGGACUUUAAAUACUAAAUGUUCAUAGGUUAUCUAUCCUAAUAAUUACAAAAUUGACAUGCUGGUAUUAUAAGUUUGAUUCCCUUAGCAUUUCUCUUUUUUAAUUCCUGUGUUUGGAGGGACCUUUGCCCACUAAGGAAAGAGUUUUACAAGUUCAAAUUAAUUCACUGAGUCAUUCACAAAAAGUGGAGCACCAACUAUAUGCCAGUGAACAAAACCAACCAAAUACUCGAUUAAGCUCAGGCAUUAUUUUUGAGAGUUAUUAGCAUGACUUUAAAGUUGUGAGUGCAGAAAGAGAAAUGGAAUGACGGUAGUGCAGUUUUUUAAGAGAGUAUAUGGCCUUAUAUUGUAGUGGAGGAAAAAGACAAAUGAGAUCCAAAUGUAAAAUAAGAUGUAUUAUUGAUAAGUGCAAAGAAAAAAAGGCAGAGAAAGGGAAUGGGAAGUAGGAGGAUGGGACAGUAUUAAAAUUUUAGAUAGGCCAAGGAAAGCCUUGCUGGAAAAGGUGAAUUUUGAGUAAGGCUGUAAAGAAAGAUGAAGCUCACUGUGCAGAUAUCUAAGGGAAAAGCAUUCCAGACAAAGGGGAUAUCAAGUGCAAAGGCCCUGAGGUGGGAACACACCUGGAGUGUUAAAGGAUCAGCAAGAAGGCCAAAUGGAGCUAAUUAGGGAAAUAAUGGUAGAAGAGAAUGUGAGAUUAAGAAGGGAAUUGUAGGUCCCUGUGGUUUUUGGGUUUUAGGGACUGUCUUUUACUCAGAGAAAUGAGAAGUCAUUGGAAGGUUUUGAGCAGAGGAGAGACAUGCUCUGACUUAGGUUUUUAUAUGCUCCCUCUGGUAUCAGUGUGGGGAUUGGCUGAGAGGGAGCAACAAGACAGCAGCAAAGAAACCAGUUAAAUGGAUAUUGAAAUAAUCCACACAAGGGAUGAUGGUGGCACCACCAGGGUAAGAGCAGUGGGGAUGGUCAAAAGGGGUCUAAUUUUGGAUAUAGUUUGAAGGUAGAGUCAGCAGAGAGAAACAGAGGUCAAAGAUGACUCGAAGGCAUGAGCAACCACAGGAAUAGAGUUAUCAUUACAUGAGAUAAGGAAGACUUCAAGGGGAAGGAGGAAAUAUGAAAGGCUCUGUUUUGGACAUUUAAGUUUGAGAUAUCUAUUAGACAUCCAAGUGGAGAGGCCCUGUAGGUUCCUAGAUUUAUAGGUCUGAAGUCAGGAAAGAGUUACAAGCUAGAGACACACAUUUGGGAAUCCUGAGUUUAUAGGUGGCAUUUAAAACCCUGAGAUUAUUUUAGAUCGCUUGAGAAGUGUAGCUAGAUAAGAGGACUGAAGACUAACCUGAGACACUCCAACAUUUAGAGGUGAUGAAAUAAGGGUGAACCUGCAGAAGAACCUGAGAAAGAAUGGUCAGAGAAGUAAGAGGCAAGCCAGGCAAGUGUAGUAUGUAUUCCAGAAUUCAAGUGAAAACAGCAUUUCAAGAGGACAGUAAUCAGCUGUGUCAAAUGCUGUUGAUAGGUCAGCUAAGAUGAGGACAAAGAAGUGGCCACUGGGAGGCAGAGCCAACAUAGCACUGUAGAUUGAUGUACCAUGCUGUCCCUCUGCAGCAAAGACUCAAAAAACUAAGUAAAAUGACAGAAACGUCAAUACUGAAACCCUAAGCAUCAAAUGAAGGGAUAAAGAACUCCAUCAAGCACCAAAUUGAAUAAGAAACUGACAGAGACAGAAUCAGCCAGAUACCAACCUAGGUAAUGAACUCUCAAGGAUAAAGGAAAACUAAAAGAUUUACAACAGGUAACAGGUCAAUCUGUUAAUGAAAACAAUUGCAGAACAAUAAAAGAGGAAUAAAUGGUGUAAGUAUGGAACUUUCAAAUGGAGAGGAAGUCAAGGUGAUUAUUAAUAAAAGACUGGUUUAAACUUAGGAAGAGAGGGGUCAAUUUCAAGGUAACCACGAAGAAAGUUAACAAACCUACUAAUCAAAGAAGAAAAACAAAGUCUCAAUAAACACAAAAUCUACCAAAACAAAACAAAAAAAACCAGAAACAAAAGGAAUUCAGCACAGGAGUGCAAGAGGACCAAAGAAAACGUCAGCACCACAACAAAAAGCACUACAAGAUGCCACCGAUAAACUCACACCUAGAAAUAAUCACACUGAACAUAAAUGGCUUAACUGAACCCAUAAAGAGACAGAGUGACAGAAUGGUUAAAAAAAAAUAGGACCCAUCAUUAUGCUAUCAACAAGAGGCUAACCUUAGAAGGAAAGACAUAAAUAUAUUAAAAACCAAAGGAUGGAAAAAAAUAUAUCAAGCAAACAGCUACCAAAAAGACCAGGAGUCGCAAUACUAAUCUCAGUUAAAAAUAGACUUUAAAACAAAAUACAACAUAAAAGACAAAGAAGGACAUAUAGUGGUUAAAAGGACAAACCACCAUGAAGACAUAACCAUAAUAAAUAUCCAUGUAUGCAAUGACAGGGUUCCAAAAUACAUAAAACAAACUCUUAACAGCACUGAAGAGAAACUGACAGUUCCACAAUAAUAGUAGGAGACUUUAACAUGCCACUCUUGGUAAAGGACAGAACAUCUAAAAAAGAAUCUUAGCAAAGAUAAAGAAGGUCUAAAGGCCACAAUCAACCAACUUGACCUCGUAGAAGUGUAUAAAAAAACUCCACCCAAGAGCAGCAAAGUACACAUUCUUUUCCAUCACACAUGGGACAUUCUCCAGAAUAGACCACAUCUUAGGCCACAAAACAACCCUCAACAAAAUCCAAAACAUUGAGAUAAUACAAAGCAUCUUCUCUGAUCACAACACCAUCAAAGUAGAAAUUAAUAACAGGAUGAGAAAGGGAAGAAAAUCAAAUACAUGGAAACUGAAUAACACCUUGCUUAAAAACCACUGGGUAAUAGAAGAAAUCAAAGAUGGAAUCCAAAAAUUCCUAUAAUCAAACAAGAAUGAAAACAUAUCAUACCAAAACCUUUGGGAUGCAGCAGAGGCAAUGCUCGGAGGUCAAUUUAUAGCAAUUGAGGCACACGCCAAAAAAGAGACAAAUUCAAAACAUUAGCUACAUAAGCAAAUAGAAGGAGAACAGCAAAAGAAGCCCACAGCCACCAGAAGAAAGGAAAUAAAGAUCAGAGCAGAAAUAAAUAGAGAAUAGAAAAGCAGUAGAAAGAACCAACAAAACCAAAAGUUGGUUCUUUGAAAGGAUCAACAAAAUCGAAAAACCAUUGGCCAAAUUGACAAAAAAAAAAAACAGGAAA